AAAUGCAGACAUGGGAAGACCGCGAACGCAGCUGGCGGAACCUGCGCCAACCCGCGCCGACGCCACCGCGCAAGAAGCUGACCCGUCGCCUUACCGGACGUCUCUGGUAGAUGAUGGGCCCGUGGCAGCUGCACAUGUGAUAUGAACCAGAAGCGAAGGGUCCCGUCAUGCAUCAGGGAGGAAAAGGAGUAUUUGGGCCAUGUUUUAUUUGUUUUCUCAUCAUUCAUCCAUCCAUCUGCGUCUCGACAAAGAGCAUGUCGAAGCCGAUGAAUCCUCUUGGAAAGGAUAUGGUUCUCACCACUGAUUUUUUUUUCUUGCUUACAAAGGGACAAACGGUAUUGCAUUCGGCACUCUUUCUUCCAGGCCUGGACCGUCUAUGGGCUUAUCUUCUCCGUCCUCACACGCUUUGGCGUGGGGGACGUUCAACGCUUUUUUUUUCUCCCAUUCCUCACUCGACAUCGAGCAGGGCUAGAAUCAUUUCUGGGAGCGAAGGACGGGAACGGCCGUCGACUUGCUGUCAUUUCAUUUUUAGGUAUCAGACAGUAACGGUAUAUAGCAUAGGGACGCCCCGGGGCCAUUGGCCUCGAGGGAGAGGGGGUUGCACGAACCAAAUUGAAGAACAGAUUCUCCAUGAAGAAAACAAUCGCCGUGGCUGAACGGAGUGAAGGCACACACGGGGGGUCUGUUCGCGCGCCGGCGACAAUAGCCGAAGGGAGGCGGAUAACAGAUAGGUGGUGAAACUACGAGGGGAGAAGCGUUUGGUGACUGCGCGUCGUUUCCUCUUGCAGCCGGGUGAGGGAGACAGCGGUUAAGACAUCUUCUUGUGUGUCAUGUGUCGUCGGCUUGUAGCCGGGGGUCACGACCAUGCCUGAUCUCGGUCAACCGAACCCCCUCCUUCCAAAAACAGAUCCAUUGUGGAGAGGUGUGCAC